GCCAAGGAGGUUUAAGACUAGGUGGUUCUAUUUGCCAGGGGCACAGAUCUAGUCUUUUAUUGUUCUCCAAAAAGAUUGUAAACGUUGUAACUGCAACUCGGAACAGCAGCCAACUUUGGUGCGAGCGAGGAUGGUGAUAGCAGUCGGAUGCCUAAGCUCCUUCUCUGUUCCAUCCAUCCGCAGCCGAUGGGUGGAACAGCAGAAGGAGAAAAAUGAGAAAGGUUUCAGAAGCGAGGUACAGUCCAUCGCCCGCCUGCUGCAGAAGUCCGCUAGCUCGCUUUCCAUCGAUUCCGGACGGCAGAUUCAUGGCAGAGUUUUCAGACUCGGCCUCUCCGAUGACUCCUUCCUCUCCAGCCAACUCCUCCACAUGUACGCGUGUUGCGGAGAGAUGCGUGACGCUGAGUUCAUCUUCGGCGGCGAACCCCAGCCUAAUCUUUUCUUCUGGAACGUGAUGGUUCGUGGGUACUGCGACGGCGGCCGCUAUGGCGACGUAGUGCAGCUCUGUGAAGAAAUGCUCGUCGUUGGCCAGACACCCAAUAAUUUCACGUACCCAUUUGUUCUGAAGGCGUGUACUGCUCUUGGCUGCGUCGGUUUUGGUAGAGGGAUUCAUGGGUUGGUUCUGAAAAGUGGGUUUGCGUCGGACGUGUUUGUCUCGAGCUCUUUGCUGGGUAUGUAUGGGAAAUUCGGGCGGCUGGGCGACGCGAGGAAAUUGUUCGAUCGAAUGCCUGAGAGAAAUAUCGUGACCUGGAACUCGAUGGUUGCUGGCUAUGGUCAAGAUGGUGAUUGGAAUGAAGCGUUGUGUUUAAUUAUGCGGAUGGAGGAUGACGGUGAAGUUCCGUCUGUGACUACGUGGAAUUCUCUGAUUGCUGGUUCGGUUCGCAAUGGUAAUGGAGUUAUGGCGUUCGAGUUUCUAAGAUUGAUGCAGCGCACAUCAAUGAGGCCUAGUCUGGCCACGAUCAAUAGUCUUGGUCCGGUGAUUAUGUCGUCUUCGAUGGUGGUUCACGGGAAGGAGAUCCAUGCUUUUGUAAUCCGAAUGGGGAUGGAUUCAGACCCGACAAUUUGCUCUGUGCUUGUUGCCAUGUACGCAGAGAACAAGCAUAUGGAAUAUGCGUCUAGGAUUUUUGAAAGAAGCCAUGUUAGAGGUCCUGAGCUAUGGGAUAAAAUGGUAGCUGGUUACGUUGAUACGGGCCAAAGGCUUGAUGCGUUUGGCAUCUUCAGGAGGAUGCUGCAGGAAGGAAAAAAACCAAACAAAAUUUCUAUUACUUUGCUUCUUCCUUACUGCAGCCACAGAGCAGGGAGAGAGAUCCAUGCCUAUGCAUAUAGGUUUGGAUUGGAGAUGGAUGUUUCAAUUAAUAAUGCUCUUAUAGCCACCUACUCAAAAAGAGGAGAUUUCGGAAUGUCAAAUAGAGUGUUUGCCCAGAUGCAUGAGAAGGAUGUUGUUUCAUGGAACACGAUGGUAUCGAGCAGUGUACGCGGUAGAGAUUUUGAUCAAGCUCUGAAGCUUUUCCACUGCAUGCACUCCGAGCGGAUUUGGCCGGACGAGUACACGUCUAGCUCUGUCCUUCACAUUUGUGGACAAUUUGCAGCACUUCAACAAGGGGCUGCAAUUCAUGGAUCCAUUGUCAGAAGAGGAUUCUGUGAAGACCAUAUUGUUGGAAAUGCUCUCAUUGACAUGUAUGCAAAAUGUGGAUGCCUAGACGAUGCGCGGCGGCUCUUUGAUGGAAUGCCGGUGAAGGAUCAUGUGACAUGGAACACACUAAUUUCGUCUUACAGUGUUAGCAGCCAGCCAGAGAGCGCAAUAUUGCUCUUUGAACAGAUGCUGAACGACGGAUGGAAACCAAACAGAGUCACCUUCGUUGCAGUUUUAUCUGCAUGUAGUCGUGCUGGUUUAGUGGAGAGGAGUCUUUUCUACUUCAACACCAUGACCAGCGUUUACGGCAUUCGUCCAGAUAGAGAGCACUAUGGCUGCAUGGUCGAUGCUUUAGGCCGUGCAGGUUGGCUUGAUCAGGCAUUUCAGCUGGUCAAAAGCAUGCCAAUGGAACCUGACGACUGUAUUUGGGGCGCAUUGCUUGGUGCUUGUAGAAUUCACAGGAAUCUUGAACUGGCAGAAGUUGCAGCUAAACAUCUAGUGGAGCUGUGGCCCGAGAAUUCUGGGUACCAUGUGCUCCUGUCUAACAUAUAUGCAGAGGCAGGUCGAUGGCAUGAUGCUGCUCAAAUUCGAUCUUCCAUGAAAGAAAACCAAGUGAAGAAGUUCCCUGGUUGCAGUUGGAUAGAACUUGGUGAAACGGUUCAUACCUUCUUUACAUCCGAUAAAUCACACAAACAGAGUGAAGAAAUUUACACUGCACUUGAGCAAUUGACUGGACAACUAAAAGCAGUAAGUUGUAUGCCCAUCAUGAUCCCCGAAAUACAGGAAGUUGCCUUCCUGACAUAGUGGACGCUAAAAAUAAGCAUCACAGUGUAACAAUUUCAAGAGAAUUGUGAGAUACCACCAACAUUCAUCUUUUCGUAAUUUUGUUAGUU